AUGACAACUCCAUUUCAGCCAUUCCUGGUACCGAAUGCUCAAACUUUUCCUUGGUUCUGGUUACCUGGCACGCGAAUGAUGAGUAACAAUGAUACGCAAGCGAUCGAAGCCUGGUCCAAACAGGCCGACCAAAACGCGGCCGCCCAAAGACAAAGUGCGCUACAGACCCAACUACAGGAGGAGACCCAUCCUCGUCGAAAAUUCUUUCAUACCUUGGUCGUGCUUGUAUCAUGUGUCACAAUCCUGUCCGCCGUAAAUAUGGGAGUAGGUCAGCUCGUCGGGAUGGUCUUUGAAGAGGUCGGUCCGGUCCAAUAUGUGAUGCGCGUUUAUGUCAUUGCUCUCUGUCUUUUGGCAAUUUUAGUGGAACUGGAGUGGACCAAAUUUGCUAGAGAAUCGGCUAUAUUUCGUAUUUGGAUAUCGCGGGGUCUGUUUUAUGCCUUUGUUGGAGUGUUGGGAUUGGAAGAAAACGAUACAUCCUCAGCUCGCAAUCAAGAGAUUGCGCAUUCAAGCGCUUCAUUGAAAUACGUGAAGGCGGUCGCCUGGAUAAUGGUGGUCUGCGGAGCUGUAUACUUUUUCAUGGGCGUGCUAUGCUUACAGCUUUUUUACAACAGAUUGCGAAAGGACUUCCAAGAACGUCGAGAGCGUGCCGGGCAUAUUCGAGAUACCGCUGAACGGUACAUGGAUCAGCCUGCCGCGGACGCUUUGUAA